AUGGUUUCGACCCCGGGGAGCCCCCGGUCUGAAGCCGUCCCAGCCGCAGCCGCAGCCCCAACGGCAUCCGCCCCCUUGGAUGAAAAGAGAGAUGUGACCACUACUACCGAUCCAGAUAGCCAACCAGCCCUCUCUCACUCCUCGGCCGAGCAGGAUCAAACCCAGACCAAUUGGUCCCAGUAUACGCUCCCCAAGAGACCAUGGCGACGACGGGUGACCGACUUUGGCAAGAUCGUGGAAGCCCGGUAUCGAGGCAAUGGGCUACCCGAGGAUCCUUACAUCGUGCAGUGGUUGGACCAUGACCCGGAGAAUCCCAUGAGCUACAGCAUCUGGUUCAAGUGUGUCAUGACCUUCCUCCUGGCCUUUAUGACACUGUGCGUGUCGCUGGCCUCGUCAGCAUAUACUGGGGCCGCGGGGCUCCUCAUCCCGGAGUUUCACUGCAGCGACGAGGUGUUCCUGCUCGGCUUGAGCUUGAUGGUCUUGGGGUUCGCGGUAGGACCCUUGCUAUGGGCACCACUUGCAGAGGCCGUCUCGCGACGGGACAUCCUCCUGAUCGCCCUGGCCUUCUAUGUCAUGUGGACCGCAGUGUGCGCCACGGCGCAGAACAUCACGACCCUGAUCGUCCUCCGCUUCCUCUGCGGCACAUUUGGCUCAGCGGCCUUUGUCAUCCCUGCGGGCCAGCUUUCCGACAUGUGGGAGGCCAAAUAUCGCGGCGUGGCGCAGGCCGUGUUUUCUGCGGCUCCCUUCCUGGGUCCGACCAUCGGCCCUACCAUCGGAGGCUUCCUGAGUCCCGCGGCGGGCUGGCGAUGGCUGUUUGGCUUUCUCGCGCUGUACGCGGCGAUUCUGACCUUUUUGGGCGUCGUGUUUGUGCCCGAGACGUACGCGCCGGUCCUGCUGCGACGACGGGCGAGGCUGCUGUCCAAGGUGACGGGCAAGACGUACAUGACCAAGAUCGACAUCGAGCAGCCGCUGGUGUUUAAGAACGUGGUCAAGCGGUCGCUGAGUCGGCCGUGGGCCCUGCUUUUCCGAGAGCCCAUCGUGUUGCUUCUAUCGAUCUACAUGUCUGUCAUCUACGGGACGCUGUACCUCUGCUUCGCGGCUUUUCCCAUCAUCUUCCAAAAAGGCUACGGCUGGAACGCGGGCGAGGAAGGCCUCGCGUUCCUGGGCAUCAUGCUGGGCAGCCUCAUCGGCACGGCCCUCAUCGUCUUGGACAACAAACGCUACGCGCGCAUCCACGCCGCCCACGGCGGGUUCGCUCCUCCGGAGGCGCGUCUGCCACCCGUCAUCGUCGGCGGCGUCGUGACCAUCGUCGGCCUGGCGUGGUUCGCGGGCACGGCGGACCCGAGCAUCCAUUUCAUCGUGCCGAUAUUGGCGAGCGUGCCUUUUGGGAUUGGCUUUAUGUUGAUUUUCAUGUGCUGCACAAAUUAUCUAAUCGACUCCUACGUCAUCUACUCGGCCUCCGUGAUGGCGGGCAACUCGAUCCUGCGGUCGACCUUCGGCGCCGUCUUCCCCCUCUUCACCACGUACAUGUACGACAGCCUGGGCCUGCACUGGGCGUCGGCGGUGCCCGGGUUCAUCGCGCUCGCGUGCUUCCCCUUCCCCAUCUUCUUCUACCGGUACGGCGCCAAGAUCCGCCGGCGGUGCAAGUACUCGGCCGAGGCGGCGCGGUAUCUCGACAGCCUGAAGAGUGAUCUCGAGAGGCAGCGCAGUCGGGCGUCCAAGGCCGAGGCCGAGGCCGAGGCGGGGGUCGGGGACGCUGAGGUUGGGAAGGGCGGUGUGCUGGACCAUCAGGGGAGGGUGAGCGUGGGAGUAGACGGCGAUGAGAAGGAGAUGGAUCGGGAUAGGGAGCACGAGCAGGAAGUCGACGUGGUCAGGCACGGUAGCGUCAACGUCAAUGCCGCGUGA